AUGGCGUUAAUGCGCUGUAUGAACACUACUACCUUUGAACUCCAUACCAGCACACAAAUCGACUUUAAACAACAAGGCUACGGCAUCUUAUCCCACCGAUGGGGCUCAAGCGAAAUUCUAUUUGCUCAAAUCAGUCAAUUUGCCCAUGAACUGAGGCAAACCAGAAAUCGCCAUGCCUUGCCGCAACUCGACAAAAUACUAGGCGCUUGUAUCACUGCUCGCAAGCAGGGUUUGCAGUGGAUGUGGAUCGACAAUUGCUGCAUCAACAAAUCAGACAAUAGCGAGUUAUCCGAGUCUAUCAACUCCAUGUUUAAAUGGUACAGAGAGGCAGUUGUGUGCCUGACAUAUUUAUCCGACGUCCGCAAGACAGUUGGCUCGCCCAUCUUCCAAAGCUAUGAGACUGGCGAGACAUCGAAGUGGUUCUCCCGUGGAUGGACAUUGCAAGAACUUCUCGCACCGUCAAAUUUGCUUUUCUAUGACACAGACUGGACCUAUUUAGGAUCUAAAAUCGAUUUGGCCCAGUCGAUUGAGGAUAUUACUGGUAUUGCGGCGCAGUAUCUCAAUGGUGAGAGGGACUUCCGCACGGCCUGCAUCGCAGCCAAGAUGAGCUGGGCAUCACGCCGCGAGACAACAAAAGAGGAGGAUUUGGCAUAUUGCCUGUUUGGAAUUUUCAAUCUCCAAUUGUCUAUCCAAUACGGAGAAGGCAAAGCUGCUUUCAUUAGACUUCAAGAUGCUCUGAUAGCCAAGAAUGAUGAAUCAUUGUUCGCAUGGAAGAUGCCUCUUGAAGGGCUAGGAUCUACUCUCGAGGUUAUACCGGACAACACAGUAGACCUCGGUCCCGAAGAAUGGGGUCUUCUCGCCCCCUCGCCGAAAUGGUAUGAGCACUGUGGAAAGAUGACGACACAACACAAAAAGUCUGUCAUGAGACAACGAGGAGGAUUUACCCGGACGCCACAGGGUAUAAGUGGGCCCAUCGGCAAGCGGAAUCACUUUGUAGCCGCAUUCCUGACCGGGUUUACUAUUGUCGGAGCAAUCCCGUUCCAGAUAUGGCUGGCCGUACGACAGAGAACGACACUAAAGUAUACACUCAACUGUUGGGAACCAAAUGAGACUGGCGAGAUGCGGGCGGUGAGGUUGCAUUUGCGGCCUGUCCGGAGGGAUCCCCCAAUGUGGAUAAGGACAGUCAGUUCUGGAUACGAUCUAGUUAAAGACGCACCAGCAACGGAUUAUUCGGCUGUGGGGACGGUUUGGCAACCUCAAGUAUAUUGA